AUGUCAGACGACUGUUAUAAAUGUGGACGUCCCGGUCAUUAUGCUCGUGAUUGCCAAGCUGCCCCAAGAGGUGGUGGUAGAGGUGGAGGCGGAGGUUAUCGCGGUGGACGAGGCGGUGGUGGUGGAAGAGAUCGUGACAAUAACGAUGGCCGUCGAGACGGCUGUUUCACCUGCGGUGGGCUUGAUCAUUUUGCUCGAGAUUGUACCAGUGGUCGCGGACACUAUGGUGGUGGUGGAGGUGGUUACGGGGGAUAUGGUGGUCGCGACAAAUGUUACAACUGUGGUGGGACGGGACACUUUGCACGAGAUUGUACAAAUGAUGGACAGCGAGGUGAUAGUGGCUAUAAUGGUGGAGGCGGUGGUGGUGGUGGUCGUUGUUACAAUUGUGAAUUCCAUUUAGUCAAACGCAUUGACAAAAAAUUAGCUGAAUUUACACUGAAACCAAUUAUUGCAAUAAACGUUCAUUUGACAAGAUGUAUUGUUUUUGCUUAUUUAUGUACUUACAGUCCUCUUGAAGCCCAGAGCAAGCUUGGCGAAUAAGAGCAUACGUAGUUCUUAUUUCUGAUACAAAAUAAAUGUUAGGAAAUAAGUUCAUGGGGACACUUCGAGUUUUCUGACAUUCGUGACCUAGUGUUGUGAUUUCAGUUGCGUGUUGAAUCGCAGUAAAUCAUGUGAUUUAUUAUCACAGGGAUGAAGGAUACUUAGUGCUACUUUUGCAAAGGGAUAAUUUGUUAGGUUUAAAUAAGUCCACUUGUUAAUGAGGCUUAAACGGAAGUCAAUUCACUGACAAGGUGUGAAGCACUGGAUGAAAUAGAGGUGUAUGUUGAUGUUUACAGCAAUCAAUCUGUAACUAUAAAUCACCCGAUUUCUGAAAUCCCAGCGUUUCGUUGUGUUAGAAAUGUCUACGAGCAUCCGGUUACUAGCGUUCGAAAGAAAUAGUUUCCGAAAAGCUACACGAUUAGUAUUUUAAUGGGAGGGUGCGAGUGAUAGCAAUAGAGAUUGAGACUCGCAUUAAAUUAGAUUUCAAGAGCUUUUCUUUCGUACUGUCAAUAGACAGUAGUAGAUGGCCAUGGCUUAAAGGUCAGUUAUUCUGUUGCUGGCAUGGAAUUUGAUGAUGGAGUCGCUUAAGACUUCAGUUGCAAUAAAGCGUACUGACGAUACUUCCAUUUUUGGUAAAGUAAACUAAACACAGGACGCUGCCUAUUCGCAGGUCUCAACAAGUUCAAUUUAAGGGCUGGUACUUAAGGCGAUCUCUCUAGAAAGCGAUCGUGACUUUAUUCAAGGAAACAACAAUGCAGACGGAUACGUUGACCUACUAUCAUCCUCUUAUCGUAUGUUAAAACCUUUAAUCUCUUAGGCGUGAUUUGUCAUGUGUAUAUCUGAUUUGCAGUGGGUCACUGUUCGGGCGUUCAACACUGUUCUUGUCUACAAUGUCAAAUGUUCUGGAAAUAAAAGUCUAAGAUCGUUGUAAACAGCUCCAUAAGGAAUGCUUUUUUGAUCGCUAAGCUCUGUAUUCUUGCCGAUAGCUCGUUCUAUAAAUGUGAUUUAUCUACUCUGAAGAAGUGGCUUACACUAAGUCACGAGACGUCAGAUAUAUAAUUUUCCUACUCAUCGGGAUAUAACAAAAAUAUUAUUGACUUUCUACCCGAUGCAUAAUUUAUUUAAAACUAUCACGUUCAAUCUAGGCGUUAAUGCCUAUAAACCCAUUACCAAUCAAAAUAUGAGUGUUUAUGAUGCUUCCGAUACUCCUGACACAAUGGUAUCUGUUAAGCGCUAACAUGAUAGUCUUCUCCAGAC